CUGGCCGGUGGAUCCCUCUCUGACCACGACAGACGAUCUUCGGAGUUGUGUGUGUGUGUGUAGUGUGUGCGCUCCACUCCCGCUGGCUGCUAUGACCUAGCUACCGGACGACACUUUCCGUUUUUCCACGCUGACCCUUCCGCCUCAAACUGCAGUCCCCACACUCAACGUUACGGUCGUUUAUGGUCGCAUUACCGCCACUUUUUCAUCGUAGCUGCUGGCCUCCGGGGCUAGCUGGCUAGCAGAGAGGGGGUGACGGAGUGGAGCCAGCUGGUCGGACUGAGAAACGGCAGCGUUAGCAAACAAGCUAAUUAGCGAGAAAGACUCAGCCUGGAUUAUUGCCUUUAAUCAAAAGAGAGCAUAGGUCUGCGGCUUCACCCACUGCAGCAAAAAUGAAGAUAACUGUGGAUUUCGAGGAGUGUUUGAAGGACUCCCCAAGGUUCAGAGCCACCAUAGAGGAAGUGGAGGGGGAUGUGUGCGAGUUGGAAUCCAAGCUUGACAAAUUGGUGAAAUUGUGUAUCGGGAUGAUUGAUGCUGGAAAAGCCUACAACGCAGCUAACAAACAGUUUGUUUCGGGGAUCCGGGAGCUUGCACAGCAGUCCACCAAAGAUGAGGUCAUUGAGUCCAGUCUCACAAAGUUUGCCGAGAGUCUGCAGGAGAUGAUCAACUAUCACACGGUACGCUGACCAAAACCGGAUGCAUGUUUUUUCCCCCCCAAGUGACUAUAA